AAAAGCGAAAAAUUCCCUACCGAAAAAGUUGGUAGGGAAAGACCACUGUAGAUCUACGAGGCACUAGGGCAGCGGAGGCGACAAGAUACAAGGGAAGCGAUGGCGGCCAGAGAAGGAGGAGAAUGGGCGCACCCAUACGUGCCCAAGGAUCUGAAGUUGCCAGGCUACGUCCCUUGCUUCUUGUCCCAGAAGGAUAUCGUCGUCCCCUAUCUUGGCACUUCUCUCCUCCUCGUCUCCUUCAUCUGGAUCUUCUCUGGACGAUCAAAGUUGACAAAGUCUGAUAGGUUGCUUAUGUGCUGGUGGGCAUUCACGGGGUUGACACAUAUAAUUCUGGAAGGCUACUUUGCUUUCUCUCCUGAGUUCUACAAGAAGAAAACUCCGCAUUAUUUAGCUGAAGUCUGGAAGGAAUAUAGCAAGGGAGACUCCAGAUACGUUGGAAGAGAUGCAGGAAUUGUCACUGUUGAAGGAAUCACUGCUGUUUUAGAGGGUCCAGCCAGCCUUAUUGCAGUGUAUGCAAUUGCCACAAGGAAACCCUACAGUUACAUCCUUCAGUUUGCAGUUUGUCUCGGACAGCUCUAUGGCUGCCUUGUUUACUUCAUCACUGCUUUUCUGGAGGGAGAUAACUUUGCGACGAGCCCGUUCUAUUAUUGGGUAUAUUACAUUGGAGCAAAUGGUUGGUGGGUUGUCAUACCACUGCUCAUCGCAAACCGAUCUUGGAAGAAGAUAACUGCAGCGAUUCAGGCAGAGAAAAAGAUAAAAACUGGAUGAGAGCUACUCCAACAUGCUCAGGAAUCGGGAAAUGAAUCGUCCUUGAGUUUAGCAAUUCCCCAAAUAGCUGCUGGAUUGGUUUCCCAAAUGUACUCUGUUGACUUGCAUUCCAAAUCAUGUAUUGUUAAUCCCGUGAUGUUUUUAUUAUUAUUAUUAUUAUUGAAGCA